AUGUCCAUAGCUGCGUGGUCCACCGCGCGCGACGCCGCGACCGCGUUCGCCGCGCGCGACGCCCUCGUCCCGAUCGACGACGCCGCGCGCGCCGCGUUCGCCGAACUGCGGUCGCAGCGCUGCGAAGACUUGCUCGAGCGCGCGUUUCUCCGCGCGUUCGAGCGCGCGCUGCGCGACGACGCGCUCCCGCGAUGGCGCGAAGCGUGCGCGAUGCCGUCGUCGAUCGACGCGGGCGCGCUGGAGCGGACGAACGCGGAGGAGAGGGACGAAGAGGAGGAGGAGACGCGCGCGCGCGCCGAGGGGUGGACGCGAGCGGAGGCGGCGCCGGCGACGACGGCGUUCGCGGAGUGGAUCGAAAGAGGGCGCGAACGCGCGCGAGCGUUCAGCGCGGGCGUGCGGGGGGUGAGUGAGGACGAUGACGCGGUGCGGACGUUCGAACGGGCGUUCGAUGCGAUGGUGGGAGGAACGUGCGCGGCGCGGGGACCGCCGCGGUUGUCGGCGAUUUUGAGCGCGUGGUACAGAGCGAGAGCGCGGGAGUUUGAUCACGCCGUGCGUAAGAGGUGGGGGGAGACGAGCGAUGAUGACGAGAACGAUAGGAUGGAGACGAGCGUACUCGAGCGGCAGAGCUCGAUCGGGGCGGAUAUAGCGAGUUGUGGCGAGGUCAUGGGGAGGGCGUGGGCGGCGGAGACGAGCGCGAUGGGCGAAACGUUGGCGCGAUGUCACGCGUCGUUGGGACGAGUGGCGGAAAAUGCGGCGGCUCGGGCGUUAGGAGAGUGUGUGAAGCGACAUGUCAUUCGUCGCUGUCGCGGUGCGUUCGAUGCGCCGAAGCUGUGGCCGACGUUACGAUGGGUUCGAGCGGUGCCGCUCGAGUUUUUCAAGACGGCACUGCGAUUAAAGCGCGUCGACGGCGCGGCAAUCGAGUCUUGGCGCGGGCGAUUAGAAUACACCGUGCACGAACACCUCGGCGCGCUGCGCAUUCACGAGCUGUUCGACAUUAUUGUCGACUAUCCUGACUCUUUGCCCGCGAUUACGGAUUUGCGCACGUGUUUACAAAACACGACGCUACACGCGGCGCUCGUGGACUCGUUCGUCGACGCGAUGCGGUCACGUUUACUCCACGCCGGCGCUUCGACGGUAGACAUCGUGCAGCAGUACAUCGGUACGAUCAAAACUCUGCUCGAGCUUGACCCUUCGGGCGUCGUCCUCGAACUCGUGAGCGGGCCCGUGAAGGAAUACUUGCGCGAGCGCAAAGAUACCAUUCGCUGUGUUGUGACGAUGCUCACUGAUGACGGCGGUGAAGACGGCGGCGAAGGCGGCGAAGGCGCACUUUACGUUGAGCUCGGUCGUCUCGCACGAGGAGAAAGCAUAGAAAUCGCCGAGUCGAGCGUGCCAGCGCCGAAUCCAAACGCCACUGUGAGCGGAACAGACAACUUGGACCGAAUGGACAGCAUCACGGCUGAGAUGGUCGCCAUCGCCGCCGGAGCGAACGAUGACGAUCUAGCCGACGGUGUGCAGUCAACACAGCAAGUUCUGUCGGGCUGGGACGCAUGGGAGCCCGAGCCCGUGGAGACGGAGGCCGCGGCGAGUCGCGGACGUCGACGCAAAGCGGGAGACAUCAUCGGUCUUCUGGUCGGCAUUUACGGCUCAAAGGAACUCUUCAUCAACGAGUAUCGUACCAUGCUCGCGGAAAAACUAUUGAGCAAGUCGAAUUACGAUACUGAGCGUGAAAUGCACGCGUUGGAGUUGUUGAAGCUUCGAUUCGGUGAGACGAGCUUGCACAACUGCGAAGUCAUGCUCAAAGAUUUCGCCGACAGUAAGCGCGCCAACGCCAACAUCAAGACGCGUCCGACGACGGGUACUCCGUCCGCGAAGGACAGACGCACGAGUGAUAUUUUGAUACAGACGCCCGUUGAGGCGACGAUCGUGUCAUCGUUGUUCUGGCCCGCGUUCUCGACCGAUUUGACCGAUUUCAAACUCCCCACAGAGAUUCAAGAACACAUGGAUGCGUACGCGAGACGAUAUCAUCAAAUCAAGGCGCCGCGUAAAAUGGAAUGGAAGGCUUCUCUUGGUACGGUGGUCAUGGACGUCACGCACAACGAUCGAACGUUCGAGGCGAGCGUGAAUCCCCUGCAGGCGGCGAUUUUGCAUUACUUCCAACGAGAGAAAGUUUGGCGAGCGAAUGAUUUAGCGAACGCCUUGGGCGUGAGCGUGGACGCUCUGCGCAAACGUAUAGUCAUUUGGAUGAACAACGGCGUGCUCGUCGAGCGAAAGGAAGGGCAUGUCAUAUCAUACGCGCUCGCGGAACCUUCGGAUGAAGUCGACGCCAUGGAUGGCGUACACGACGACGAUGAGCACGUCAGCGGCGUCGCGACGGCGGAGGAAACCGCCGCGGCGGGAAUGAUGGUGUACGAGCAAUACAUCAUGGGUAUGCUGACCAAUUUCCCGAGCCUACCGCUCGAUCGCAUCCAUAAUAUGCUGAAAAUGUUCGUCGUCGAACCUGUGUACGAUAAAACCGUGGCAGAGCUCGAGGGUUUCUUGUUAGAACUCGUCGCGCAGGAUAAACUCGCGAUGGAUGGUUCGGCGUUCGCGAAGAAAAAGUAA